AUGCAGCACACCCACAAAACAACAAACAUCACCACCAACAAUAAAUAUCACCAUCAUUUCAUUGAUACAGGUCAUUCCGAUGCCGUUCUUUCCUUUGACCUUUCCCAAGUUACGGAUGUUAGAAAUAUUCUUUGCACCUCAAGUUAUGAUCAUUCCAUUCGAAUCUAUGAUUUACACAAUGAACAACCCAUUUCGCACAUGAAUGUCUCAUCCACUUCUGAUAUUUCUCAUGUGAGAUUAUAUUCCAAUUCCUCUUCUCAAUAUAUUUAUGCCAUCAUUGGAAAUUGUGUUCACAUUUAUGAUUUGAGAAAUAUCUCUCGAGAAUUAUUUAUUUUAAAAUGUUUUGAAGAGAAUGAACAAGAUGAUGACAAUGAAUUAAAUUCAUUGGAUAUUGUGGGUGAGAAUGCAUGUACAUGUGAUGAUGAUGGAAAUAUUUAUAUAUUUUCUAAUCAAUUAAAUGGAAGUGAAAUGAAAAUUAAAAAAGUAUUAACACAUUCACAUGAAAAUAUUUGUAUGAAUGUGAAAUUGAGACCAAAUACCAGCUGUGAAGUCAUUAGUGGUGGUUUGGAUCAAAAAUAUAUUCAUCAAAAUUGGAAAAACAAUAACGUGUUAUUUAAAGGAGAUUCAUCUCAAUUCGUCCAAUCUCUCAAGUCAUCUCAACAAGUCAUCAAUCCUCCCUAUAUUCACAGUUUGGAUAUCAAUAAGAGAGAUUCAAGGAGUGUCAUGGGUCUUGGGAAUGGUUCCAUCGUCAUGUUUGAUUUGAGUGCAUCUCCUUACAACAAAUUCAUUGCUUUCAACAAUGCUCACACCUAUAUUGUGAACAAUAUUCAAUUCAUGAUGAAUGAGCAACAACAACAGCAAUUCAUGUCUGCAAGUUUGGAUGGUACCAUCAAAAUAUGGAACUAUGAAUCGAAAGGACCCUUAAAACCAUCCAAAAAGACGACCGCACCAUUGCCACAGUGGAGUGUCAAUACUGGUAACAAAAUAGAGUGUGCCAAGUACAGUAAUGGUUUUGUUUAUGUCUCCUAUGAGAAUGGGACAACCAUUGAAAAGAUAUCAACACAAUAA